AUGGAUACGAAGACGGAAACAGUGAACCACCUAGAACAAUUUAGCAAAGGAGUUAACAUGUUCAGGGAUAGAGCAAUAGAGAUACUGGUGUUCAUACUAUUCAGAAUCACCCGUCGUCUGGUAUUGACCUUGCAGAAAUUCACCUGGGCUGUGACCGGGGUCGAAAGCAUUCGCCGAGACGCUGCCAGAGGCCUGCAGUUCAAACAAAGCGCCCAUGUCCAGGAGAUAUUCUGGAAAAGAAAAUAUCUAGAGCAUUCGGUAGCGGACGCCAGCAACUUCAUUACUACACACUGUGGCUUCAGACAGCCCAGCUGCAUCCUGAAGCCAAACGUGUCUCUGUACUGUAUGACGAGAAAGGAGGCUGUCUUCAUAGAGGUGAAGGAGUCUGUCAACGUGUACAGAUCCAAAGUCAGUACAUAUUUGUAUCACAACCAAUACCAUCAUGCAGUCAACGUCAUCACAAUGCCACUGGCAUCGUUUCAUAAAGUGGCCAGUGAUGUUGGACUUCCGAAAGUGCCUGUUACUUGCUUGGCUUGCACUGCAAGGAGUGGGUCAACUUUGCUUAGUCAGAUGAUGUUCAGAAUCCCAGGGAUGCUUGUAUUGUCCGAGCCAGAUGCUAUCACAAGCCUUAAUUUUCUGUAUAAGAACAAAACGAUCCAGAUGAGUGAAUACAAGCAACUCCUUGCCAGCUGUGUCAAGCUGCUGUGUAAGCCUGACGACCGUUACAGCGCAGUUUUUGUGAAAGCCAGGCCGUUCUUUACCAAAUUUCGAUACCUCUUUAUGUAUAGAAACAGUGUCAAAAGUGUCAUGUCAAAUCUUCAUCAGCUUCAGCAAGAUCCGGCUCCAAACUGUCUCCGUUUUGUAAUGGACAGCGUUGUUCUAUCGGCAGUGCUCCCGUUUGUCAGGUCCUACUUUUAUUAUUAUAACGUUUUUCUGAAUGAGAAAAAGGUCCCAGGGGUCGAUCCGAAAAAAUUAGGUAGCGUUGGGAUUCUGACUGCUGCUUGGGCAGCCAGUGUUGCCCAGUGCUCCGAUCUGAGAUACAAAGGUUACAACGUAGGCUCUAUCUUAUACGAAGAGUUCAUGAACAACCCCAGACGCUCGUUGUCCGUCCUUCUACAGCGCCUGGACAUCAGAGGAGAGUAUCUCAGCUGUGCUGCAGAAGCACUGAAAGUAGAUUUCAACAAAGGAGCAGCCCAUGACUUGGCCUUAGAUUAUCGACGCGCCCUGUCACCAGAGAGCAGACAAGAAGCAGAUAACAUUCUCAAAGCAUACGGGCUUCCUAAACUGGGCGAGAGAUAUGAGCUUCCUGGGUUACUAAAGUUGGAAUGA